GCACCUUCCGACUAACCUAGAAACUGUACAUACUAACUCUAUAAUGGCAUCCCAGUCAACCGUAUCCUUCAAGGUCCACUCUGUUGGCGCAGUGCGCCGCAGCUCAUUCGGCAGGAUGACUGCCUGGGUCUUGUUCUUCGUCGCUUUGUUCAACCUUUUCAAUGGCGUCGCUGUUGCCGAUGUGGAGGUUGAUAAGCGUGGAUUAGGGAAAAAAGCUGCUUCCAAGUCGGCUGAACCUGUUGACGGGGUGAAGAUUAACAUUCGUGAUUUCGAUGAUUUAUCAGAUAUUAGAGGCAGUGAUGCUUCAAAUAUGCCACUUGCUGAGAGGAAUUUGAAGCUUAUUCUCUGCUCCAUUAGAAGACACCGCCCUGCUGCAGAUUUUUUAAUGGAGUGUAAAAAUAUAUUUAGCUGCAUAUUUAACAAGGACUCAAUAACAGUACCACAAGUUGUAUACGAUCAGCUCAUUAAAUUGGGAGAAAAUUUUACGGGUUAUUUUAGAGGGGAAACAAGAAGAUUGCCUAAAAUUGUUAUGAAUCUCGCUGAGGUAUUUACACGUGAAAUUUACGGACCGAAGCCAACUGCUUGGAGUGAGAAACGUCAAUGGGAUAGCAAAAGAGGAACCGUUUUAACACUGUUGUGGGCCUCCGCUAAAUGAUAAGAUUACUGAUUCAAUUAUAAAUAACAGUGAAUGCGUGAAU